UCUAUAUAAAAUCGUCCAGAUUCUUGGCUGGCUGGUAAUGCCAAGCCCACAUUCUCUGCUCACCACCCUUUCAAAACUCAAUUCACUCUGAACACACAUAGAAAAGGGCAAAAGAAGAAGAAAAAGAGAAGGUACUCAAAGGAGAGAGUAAAAAUGGCUCUGGAGAAUUGUUUUCAAGUGAGCACAGUGUCUUGUGCUAGAGCUGGUGUUCUUCAGUCCCACCAUCCAUUUUCUGCUAAGGAAAAGCUUAAUUUGCCGACAUGUAAAGGAGUCAAACCGUCCAUUUUAUCAUUCUCCUCCUCACCUUCUUCCUUGGAUUACUCCUUCCAUCGCAUCUGCCGCAAGUCCCGCAUUGUCUGCAAAGCUCGCGAGGCCGUAGAUGAAGUUAAAGUGGUGACAGAUUCAAGCUGGAGUAACGAUGUGAUUGCAAGUGAAAACCCAGUUCUAGUGGAGUUUUGGGCACCAUGGUGUGGGCCUUGUCGGAUGAUUGCGCCAGUGAUCGAUGAAUUAGCCAAGGAGUAUGCAGGAAAGAUCGUGUGCUGCAAGGUCAACACUGACGAUUGUCCAAACAUUGCCACCCAGUAUGGAAUAAGGAGCAUCCCCACUGUUCUCUUUUUCAAGAAUGGGGAGAGGAAGGAGAGUGUGAUUGGCGCGGUGCCCAAGUCCACCCUCACUGCCACCAUAGAGAAAUAUGUAGAGAUAUGAUGAGAGACUAGCCUUGUAUGUUUCUGAUGUAUUUUAUCUUCAAAUACUCUUUUCCUAUUCUACACCAACCUUGCAACAAGUGCCCAAGUGUUCGUUUUGCAGAUUUUUUUACUUUGGAAAUUUUAUUAAUCUAUUUUCUA